AUGGACAUGUUCGGAUAUGAUCCAAGACAGUCGCCUUUCUUACCAUCUGGCUAUGAAGCUUCGAGUGAUCUACCUGACGACCUGGACUCUGUUAUUGUACCCUCCAUCCGAUCAAAGGACAUCGUGUUUCACAAGAAUGAGGACGAAUCGUUUAAAGAAAUUGGAAGAGGUAGCUAUGGUGUGGUAUAUCUAGGACACUUGCUCAAAACAUCAAAGCAGAUUGUUAUCCAUAAUGAUGUUAAAGCUGACAACAUCUUGGUGGAUCUCGAUGGUUUCGAUGUUCGUUUCAUUGACUUCGGGAUGUCCACAUUCAGGAAAGGCUUGGAGUUUACUGCCAGCCCCGACUACAUGUCUAAGUUCCAAUUCUUGGCUCCCGAAGUCCGUGAAAACUGCCACUCAACCCCACAGUCGGACGUCUUCAGCUUGGGUUUUUUAUUUGAACUAGCAGUUGGUACAUUCUACAUGUGA